CGCAAAGUUCCCAUGGCCCUUGGAGAGCCUAGUGCAGGCUUUUUGGAGUUUGUUGCCCAUGCCGGCGUCACCUUCCAGUAGCAUGUCGUCCCGCCUGGCUGUUGAGAGGCCGGGGGUCGGCAGCACCACUAUGCAACGGGGAGCACAACUAUCCCUGGCGGGUGACAAUGCAGAUAUUGUGAGGAAAGCUGUGAUUCCAGAUGCCUUGGCGGUGACGAUGGGGAUGCAAUUGCAGGAAACUGCAGAUAUGGCAGCCUAUCAGAUCCUGAAGCCUCUGUUCCUGACAGAUUUGCCUUUGCCAUGGGAGGUACAACGUAGGCAUCAUGGGCGAUAUGACUUCUACCAUCCUGGGUCCAAGGAGUAUCGCCGAGAGCAUCCAAUGAUCGGCUUCUUCAAGGAUGUGCUGGAGUUUCUCCGGGCAAACGCCACCACCAGCACUCCAAUGGAGGAGCUUUUGGAGGCUCAGGUCUUCAAAGAGGCGAGCCCUGAAGUGGUCCGCUACCGCCUGGGCAUUUGGGAAGGUCCCAUUGAGGACAAGAGCUCUGGUGGGCUGAUGUUUGUGCGGCAGUGGGAUGGCAUUGAUGAGGCCUGCGUGAAGGUAGAUCAGCGCUUCGACGAUCCUCGGCUUGAGGCAGCAGCGAACCUCUCUUUCCGCCUCGGUGGUUGGCUCCAUCUUUGGAGGGGCUUCAUCGGUGAGGAGCCAUUUCCCUUGUUGGAAGGGCGUCUUGCGGCGCUUUGCCAACAGCUGGGGGAGUCAGUGGUAACUGCUCCCGGGAUGGCCACCACCCAGAUGAUUGCCCAUAUGGAGCAGCUGUUGCGGCGUUGGUGGUACACGCCGCCGCCUGAGCCAGUGAGGUGGCCUUUCACCGAAGACGAGAAGGCACUGCAGCCGCUGGUGACAACGAUACUGUCCAAGGCUUACAAUGCGGCCAUCUCUGAAGCGGCGCGCAGAGAAACAGAGGCGGCGAUGUUUGAAGGAAGAAUUGCAGGAGAUUCGGAUCGAUUCGCGGCACGAGUCACCUGCAACAUGCUCUAUCGAGCGUCGCAACGACUUGUUGCCGACCUGGAACAUCAAGACUGGGCCGCAGCACAGUUCCCACCCGAGGAGGAGCAGGAAGCUGAGUAUUCCGAUGACCUGGAGGAGGAUCCGUUCGAUGAAGAUGAGGAGGAGGAUCAGACAUCCGAGGAUGAUGUGGAAGAAGUGGGUGAGCGAAAGAUAGAGGACCAUCCUCAACCACGAACUCCAGAGGAUGAGGUGGAGGCGGAAGAGGAGGAGGAUCCAGAGGAUGUCAUUGCGCAUGUAGAGGAUCCUGAGAUCCUGGUGGAAGAGACUGAUGAUGUUCGGCCUGUCAUCGAGACCUGUAAAGGCUUCAUCGCGAGCCUGGAGACUGACCAUGGGUCUUGGGCGCACGAGCGCCUCCGACCUUGGACACCAUCCAGUCGUCGUCAGUCAGCACAGCCUUGUUCGCCCAAAGCCCUGUGGCCUGAGUCGCCGAAGGUCACGACUCAUAGGCCUCGCUUGGGUCGCAAGCAGCGUGUUUGGAGGCAGACUGGCUUCCAAGAAGGUGAAGAGUUGGAUGAGCCUGAAGAGUUGGAAGAGUUGUCGCCAACUGACCAGGUGGCGCGAGCUUUAUUGGCUCACGCCAUGGCUGGAGGAAUGGCACCGGAGGUGGCGGUCGUGGCUCAGGCAUUGUUUGACCAUGCUAUGGCUGCAACAUCCCCGCAUUCAGAGGAAGCUGAUACCUUGCCAAUGAUGACCUCUUUGGAGGAGAGAGAUCUUGGGCCUGCGAUGCCUCAGGAUGAGCAGAGGGACGAGGCGGAAGAAACGUAUGAAGAUGAAUUCGAAGAAGAAGAGCAAGAUGCCGAGCAACUGGGAGCAGGGAAGGAUUCAGAAGAGCUUUCGCCAGAGCUAACAGAAGAUACCCAAGAGCCACUGCUGGAGGAAACAACUGAACAGCCAAAGUCGGAGAACUACUGGCCUUUGUUGGACAUGGAACUGAAACCAGAACUGCAGGAAAAAGUGGAUUCAUUCUCGCGGCGAUUGGCAGAAGCAACCAGCAUUUUCAACCACUGCACGGGAGAUGAUGGGUCCUACGAUGUGGAUGACUUCCUGUGCAGUGUCAGCUGGAAUUGGUCAACUUCAGAGCCAGAGAAUAGCGAUUCUUACCGCACUGGUCGCGCAGACCUUGCACGUGCAGCCAUCCAAGAUCCUUUGAGUCGGAAGUUUGAUGGCGCAGAAGCAGAUGAUUAUGAAAUGGUGGAAACUGGUGCAGCCGCCCGGCCUCCUUCGCCCAAACGUGGCAAGAUGCGGCAGCCUUGGUACCUGGAAGAUGCCAACGAGCCACCAUCUGGUCUAGCAGCUGGACAGCCAGCGUUCCCGCUUGAACGGGCCAGAUCGUCAAGUCCCAAACUUGUUAGAAAGUCUCCGAUGACAGCCAAGCAGCAGGCGAAAUCAUCGCGGUUGACACGGCGUGGCAUUGGAAAGCCUCCACCGAAGGCGAAGUUGGAGCCACGACCUCGUAGUGCUGAUUGCUACACCAGGCCUCGCACAGAUGACCUGCUGCCCUUCAGGCCAGCUGCAGCCGCAGUGGAAGCAGCCAAGUCGACCAAGCGAUUUCUCAGCCGGACUUGUGGAACGAUGCAGGCAGCUUUGGCUACUUUUGAUCCAAAUGGAGAUGGUCGGUUCAGUCGCGAAGAAUGGACAUUGGGAUUGCAACAGCUGGAUUUUACUGUAAACUAUGAUGAGCAGGAAAUCUUUACGGUCUUGGACAGGCGAGGCCAUCAUAUGCUCACACUCUCUGACCUCCUGGACUAUUGCAGUGGCAUCCCAAUUGACACCGGCAUGCCAGCUCCGGGCCUUCGCGGUACAGUCUCAGAGCUCUUCGAAGAGGUCAUUGAGGAGCAGCUGAAGAUGGCCGUGCGGGAGGCCUUAGAUGAGGUGGCAUUGCAGGGCUUGCAGAAUCCCAAUGGACCGACCAGUUCACUACCAGAUGUUCAAGGCUACUUGAGGCAAAGGCAAAAGAGAAAGAAGCUACAAGAAAGAGAUGGCCAGAGCCAGAACCAGCCCAGUCAGGCAGCCUCGUCCAAUAGGAGGAAGCAGAACUCAAUGAACUCAAUGAACUCGAUGAACUCGAUGAACUCAACGGAUCCAGACGAUUCCGGCAGCGAGGAAAUAGAGCCAGAUGUGCCACAAGAGCCCGAGGAUGAAGAUCCAUCAAAUGGCAAGGCAAAAGGAGGAGCAAAAGCUGCAGCCAAGUCUGGACCAAAAGUAGGGCGAACGCCACCUGGAUCCAGUGAGGCGAAGGGCCCAAAAGCAGCACCCAAGCCUACAGUCAGAGGGCGGACACCACCUGGAUCAAGCGAGUCUGUUGGGCGCGGCCUAACACCUCAAACCAAACCUGGAGCCAAAGGAGGGCCAACUCCACCUGGAUCCAGUGAGGCGAAGGCGAAAGCAUCAGCCAAGUCUGGAGCAAGAGGAGGGCAGAGUCCACCUGGCUCCAGCGAGGUCAAAGAGAAGGGCGACAAGAAAAAGAAGAAGGCCGACGAAGGCGAUAGCUCUCCCGGCUCUCCCAGUCGCUCACCCAAGAGGAAUUCAUCCAAACACCGCAAGGAUCCCGCGGAUUCAGCGACAUUUGCAAACGCUUUGGGACGCGUGUCUGUUGAGUCAGAAGACAUCAAUCCAAACGAAGAGAUAAAGAAAGCAAAGAAGAAGAUCAAGCCCAAGGCAAAGAGACACAGCAGUGAAGAUGGAAAGAAGCGCGUCCGGAGCCACUCACCGGAGAGGUCCUAUAUGUCUGCCCGCAAUCAGCCGCAGCCAAUUGCAAAGUUUUAUGGCUAUAGCUUUGUUGACAGAGAGGAUUUCGGCAAAGAUGUUCCUGACACGCAGUUACUACCAUUUGUGCCUAGACCUGCUUCUGAGAUCUGCAAGACCUACGGUCACAUCUUUAGAAUCCUAGCGGAUCCUGGAGUUAGGAGGCUAAAAGUGGAGCCGCGAAAAAGGUCAGUGCAUGUCUUCAUGCCAAGCACAGGAUCCAGCUUCGAGCCAGAGAGAGAUGGUGGCGGUGAUACAUUUGACGAGCACAAGGAGAAGGACUUCGGCCUGCAGGCAUCAAAGAGCACACCGGAUCUGCGCACAACACAGGCUUCAACAACAGCUGGAACCACAUGGCGAUAUGCAUCGGAAAGCUCAGAGGUUCGCCAAGACCGUGUGAGCCUGCCUCCUUUGGUGCAGUCGCAAAACCAGAGGCCAGAACUCCCAAGUCUAGGCGGGGCUGCCGCUAUUGAUGCGGAGUGCAGGCGGAACCCUGCUGCUCUCCGGGCUGAGGGCUCUCAAGGGACUCUGUAAAGAGAUACAAUCUUGCUUUCUCUUCUGAGACCUCUGCAACAAAUCUUACAAAUCUUGGGCUGGCAAGACUCAAGCCCUUGCGCCCUGAUAGAAUUGUCUCACCAAGCUGCAUCUAGGUGCAAUGAUAAUGACUGUUCUUGAGACCAAAGGUCUUGAGAAUGAAUGUAGUUAUCUUUCCAAGGAAAGACCAAGCAAAAUGAAA